CGUGUGAUCAUUGUGUCGAGACGUAUCGUUUAAAAGUGCUUCUAAUAUACGUACAAUAUUUCAUAUUGCGUUUAUUAUCGAUUGUUUGAUUAAAAAAAAAUUGAAUUGAAACGAAAAUAAAGACAUCAUUGCAAUUAGUUAAAUAAAAAUUGAUAAAAGAAGUGAAUUCAGACAGCUAAACAUUUAAUAUGACGCAAGAACAUAAUGCAGCAGUCCUAGAUUUAAAUCCAACAUUUUCUACAUUGAUAUUUUUUGUUAAUGGCAAAAAGGUAAUCGAUACCAAUCCCGAUCCAGAAUGUACCCUUCUAACAUAUUUACGUGAAAAACUAAGAUUAUGUGGCACAAAAUUGGGCUGUGGCGAGGGUGGAUGUGGUGCCUGUACCGUCAUGAUUUCUCGCAUUGAUACGCUAACGAAUCGAAUUAAACAUAUAGCGGUGAAUGCCUGCCUGACUCCGGUAUGUGCCAUGCAUGGUUGUGCCGUGACUACAGUGGAAGGUAUUGGCAGUACGCGAACUCGAUUGCAUCCAGUACAAGAGCGUCUGGCUAAAGCCCACGGUAGUCAGUGUGGUUUUUGUACACCCGGUAUUGUCAUGUCUAUGUAUGCACUGUUGAGAAAUUUAUCCCAGCCCUCGAUGAAAGAUUUGGAAAUUGCUUUCCAGGGAAAUUUGUGCAGAUGCACGGGCUAUAGACCCAUUUUAGAGGGUUAUAAAACAUUUACUAAAGAAUUCGGCUGUGCUAUGGGUGAUAAAUGUUGUAAGGUGAAUGGCAAUAAAUGUGGAGAGGGAAUGGAAAAUGGUGGUGACGUGGUCGACGAUAAACUAUUUGAGAAAAGUGAAUUUGUACCCUUCGAUCCCUCACAAGAACCCAUAUUUCCUCCGGAGCUGCAGCUGAAUAAAGAAUGGGACUCUCAAACGUUAGUGUAUAAAGGUGAACGUGCUACUUGGUAUAGACCUGGUAAUUUAGAAGAUUUAUUGAAGAUUAAGGCCCAAUUUCCGGAAGCCAAGUUGGUGGUGGGCAACACUGAAAUAGGCGUGGAGGUUAAAUUUAAACACUUUCUAUAUCCAGUCUUGGUAAAUCCCACAAAAGUUAAGGACAUGAUUGAUGUCCAGGAACUCGAGGAUAGUAUUUAUUUUGGUGCUUCCGUUAGUUUAAUGGAUAUAGACAGGAUUUUAAGAUCCAGCAUAGAAAAGCUACCCGAACAUCAAACAAGAUUUUUCCAAUGUGCCGUAAAUAUGUUACAUUAUUUUGCUGGUAAACAAAUUCGUAAUGUGGCGUCAUUGGGUGGCAAUAUUAUGACGGGUAGUCCCAUAUCCGAUAUGAAUCCGGUGUUGAUGGCGGGUGCUGUUAAGUUGAAAGUGGCCAAGUAUGUUGAGGGUCAAAUAAAAUACAGAGAAGUUUGCAUGGCAUCUGGCUUCUUUACGGGUUAUCGCAAGAAUAUUAUAGAACCCACAGAAAUUUUGGUGGGUCUGUAUUUCCCCAAGACUUUGGAACAUCAAUAUGUGGUGGCUUUCAAACAGGCCAAACGUAGAGAUGACGAUAUUGCCAUUGUAAAUGCUGCCAUAAAUGUGUUCAUUGAUCCCAAGUCCAUAACUGUGGAUAAGGUGUAUAUGGCUUUUGGUGGUAUGGCUCCUACCACUGUCCUGGCCACACGCACUGCCGACAUAAUGGCUAAACAACAAUGGAAUAAGGUGCUUAUGGAGCGUGUGGUUGAAAAUCUAUGCGCAGAGUUGCCUUUGGCUCCCUCAGCUCCUGGUGGCAUGAUUGCCUAUCGUCGUUCCCUGGUGGUGAGCUUAUUUUUCAAGGCCUACUUAACAAUAACCCAACAAUUAAUUAAAUCUGGCAUUUUGCCCCAAGAUUCUUUGCCCCAAGAAGAACUAAGCGGUUCUGAUGUCUUCCAUACGCCUGCCUUAAAAAGUGCUCAACUGUUUGAAAAAGUUUCAAACAAACAAUCGGAAUGUGAUCCUAUUGGCAGACCAAAGAUACAUGCCUCCGCAUUAAAGCAGGCUACCGGAGAAGCCAUCUACUGCGAUGAUAUGCCUCGCAUGGAAAAUGAAUUGUAUUUAGCGCUGGUUUUGAGUACAAAAGCUCAUGCUAAAAUCCUAAGCAUUGAUGCUUCGGAAGCGCUUGCAAUGCCCGGUGUUCAUGCAUUCUUCUCCAGCAAAGACAUAACCCAACAUGAAAAUGAAGUUGGUCCAGUGUUUCAUGAUGAAGAGGUUUUCGCCUCAGAUAUGGUUUACUGUCAAGGUCAAGUUAUUGGAGCUAUAGCGGCCGAUAAUCAAACUUUAGCUCAAAGAGCGGCUCGUAAGGUUAAAAUCGAAUAUGAGGAUAUAAAGCCAGUUAUUAUAACUAUUGAACAGGCUAUCGAGCAUAAAUCAUACUUCCCAGAUUAUCCCCGUUUUACGGAAAUAGGUGAUGUAGAGAAGGCUUUCAGUGAGGCCGAUCAUGUCUAUGAAGGUUCUUGUCGCAUGGGUGGCCAGGAACAUUUUUAUUUGGAAACCCAUGCCUCUUUAGCCGUGCCCCGAGAUUCAGAUGAAAUUGAAAUCUUCUGUUCAACACAGCAUCCCUCUGAGGUACAAAAACUAGUGGCCCAUGUAUUGUCAACUUCAGCCCAUCGAGUAGUGUGUCGUGCCAAACGUUUGGGAGGCGGUUUUGGUGGCAAAGAGUCUCGUGCUAUAGCUGUUGCCUUGCCCGUGGCUUUGGCCUGCCAUCGUCUUCGUAGACCCAUACGUUGUAUGCUCGAUCGUGAUGAAGAUAUGAUGAUCACCGGUACUCGUCAUCCCUUUUUAUUUAAAUACAAAAUUGCUUUUACCUCUGAAGGUCGUUUAACCGGUUGCUAUAUUGAGUGCUACAAUAAUGCCGGUUGGUCUAUGGAUCUUUCCUUCUCCGUAUUGGAAAGAGCCAUGUUUCAUUUUGAAAAUUGCUAUAAAAUACCCAACAUUAAGGUGGGUGGUUGGGUUUGUAAAACAAACUUACCAUCGAACACGGCAUUCCGUGGCUUUGGUGGUCCUCAGGGCAUGUUUGCGGGAGAGCAUAUAAUACGUGAUGUGGCCCGCAUAUUGGGAAAAGACUAUUUGGAAAUUAUGAAACUGAAUUUCUAUAAAGAAGGCGAUAUAACGCACUAUCAACAAAAGUUGGAUAACUUUCCCAUUGAGAAAUGUUUCUACGAUUGCCUGCAACAGUCGAACUAUUACCAGAAAAGGAAAGAAAUUGAAGAGUUUAAUCGUAACCACCGUUGGCGCAAGCGUGGCAUAUCAUUAGUUCCCACAAAAUAUGGCAUAGCCUUUGGUGUUUCACAUCUCAAUCAAGCUGGUGCUUUAAUAAAUAUUUAUGCUGAUGGCUCGGUGCUGCUUUCGCAUGGUGGUGUGGAAAUUGGCCAAGGUUUACAUACCAAAAUGAUACAGUGUUGUGCUCGUGCUUUACAAAUACCCAUAGAAUUCAUACACAUUUCCGAGACUGCCACUGACAAAGUGCCAAAUACAUCACCUACGGCUGCUAGUUCGGGAUCCGAUCUAAACGGCAUGGCCGUUCUGGAUGCUUGUGAAAAGUUAAAUAAACGUCUGGCUCCGAUUAAGGAGGCCCAUCCGAAUGGAUCUUGGACAGAAUGGAUUAAUAAAGCCUAUUUCGAACGUGUCAGCCUGUCGGCUACCGGCUUCUAUAGAAUGCCUGAUAUCGGCUAUGAUCCUGUUCAAAAUCCCAACGCUCUAAUGUACAACUAUUUUACCAAUGGUGUUGGUUCGUCGAUAGUUGAAAUCGAUUGUCUAACUGGAGAUCAUCAGGUCCUAAGCACAGAUAUUGUUAUGGAUAUUGGUUCGAGUUUGAACCCAGCCAUAGAUAUUGGUCAAAUUGAGGGAGCCUUCAUGCAAGGCUACGGCCUAUUCACAUUGGAAGAAAUGAUUUACUCGCCUCAAGGUGUUCUCUAUUCUCGCGGCCCCGGCAUGUACAAAUUACCUGGUUUUGCUGAUAUACCGGGAGAAUUUAAUGUGACAAUUUUGACAGGAGCUGCUAAUCCCCGGGCGGUUUACUCCUCCAAAGCUGUUGGCGAACCUCCUUUGUUUAUUGGCUGUUCUGUGUUCUUUGCCAUUAAAGAAGCCAUUACGUCGGCCCGACUAACGAAUGGCUUGAGCGAGGACUUUAAAUUAGAAUCACCAGCUACUUCGGCUCGUAUACGUAUGGCUUGUCAGGAUGAGUUUACGAAUUUGAUUGAGCAGCCCCCUGCUGGAAGUUAUGUGCCAUGGAAUAUUGUACCUUAAAAUUAAUAUUUUUUUUAAUUUAUUAGCAAAAAUUUAGCUAGAAAUAAACGCAAUAGACAUUUUUUUUGUAUACAAUUAAACUGUGAAAUUAAAUGAAAUAUUUAGAAAAUUAAAUAUAA